AUGGAACAAUUCCGGCGAAUAGGAGAGGUCGUUGGAAGUUUGAAGGCUCUAAUGGUUUUGCGAGAUGAGAUUCAAAUCAACCAAAGUCAAUGUUGUUUGAUCCUUAAUAUCUUCGAUCUGGCAUUUGAAACCAUCGCAGAAGAGAUCAAGCAGAACCUUAUGCUGGAAGAGAGGAACACCAAAUGGAAACCCCUUGAAUAUCCUAUGAGAGAACUGUGUAGGGUGUUCAAAGACGGUGAACUUUACAUCAGGCAAUGCUUGGACUCUAAAGAUUGGUGGACCAAAGUCAUCUCACUUCAUCAAAACAAUGACUGUGUUGAGUUUCACAUACACAACUUGUUUUGUUAUUUCCCUGCUGUUAUUGAAGCUAUUGAAAUUGCUGGAGAGGUGGCUGGACACAACCACGAUGAGAUGACAAAGAAGAAAGUUAUGUUAACGAGGAAGUAUGAUAGAGAAUGGAAUGACCCUAAGCUUUUUCAAUGGAGAUUCGCAAAGCAGUAUUUGGUCUCUCGUGAAAUUAGCAAACAGUUGGAGAAUGCUUGGAGGGAAGAUCAAUGGAGACUCAUAGAAUCACUGAAGGAGAAGAAGACCUCUACUGGACUUGCUUUGACGAAGAACGAGCAUCGCCUUGCUAAUAUGUUAAUCAAGAAACUGCUAAAUGGGCCUGAGAAAUUGAACAAAAAACUUUUCCCCAGUUCAGUCCUGUUGGGGUCGAAGGAUUACCAAGUGAGACGAAGAUUGGGGCAGGGAAGAGAGUUUAAGGAGAUUCAAUGGAUGGGACAAAGCUUUGCCUUGAGACAUGUGAAUGGGGGGAUGCAAAUGUCAGAAGUAGAGAUUUAUACUCUGUUAUCAUUGUCUCACCCCAACAUAGUGCAACAUCUUUGUGGGUUUCAUGAUGAGGAGAAAAAGGAAUUCUUUCUUGUGAUGGAGUUAAUGAAUAAGGAUCUUGAUAGCUACAUAAGGGACAACUAUGGUCCAAGGAGACAGAUCUUGUUCUCUAUCCCUGUAGUGGUAGAUAUUAUGCUUCAAAUAGCAAGAGGCAUGGAGUACCUUCACUCCAAAAACAUAUAUCAUGGAGAUCUUAAUCCUUGCAAUAUCUGGCUCAAGCCAUGGAAUUCCCAAGAAGGCUAUUUUCAAGUAAAAGUAUCAGGCUUUGGUUCAUCCAUGAAGAUCAAUAAGGAUACUGCUCUUAGUCGAACCUCACCAUGCCAAAAUCCCCUUGAAGAGGAGAUCAAUCCUUGCAUUUGGUAUUAUGCCCCUGAAGUUCUAACUGAGCUGGAAUGUAAUAAGACUAAAGCGUCUAACUCUAGCUGUAAGUACUCUGAGAAAGCAGACGUCUACAGUUUCAGCAUGGUGUGCUUUCAGUUGUUGACAGGAAAAGUGCCUUUUGAAGGAGAUGGAUCAAGCCGAAAUAUAAAAGAAGGGGAAAGGCCACUCUUCCCGUACCCUUCGCCAAAAUAUGUUGUUAACUUAAUUAAGAAGUGCUGGCAAACUGACCCAAGCCUACGUCCUACUUUCUCCUCUAUUUGUAGGAUCUUACGCUCCAUAAAGAAAUUCCUAGCCAUCAAUACUGAGUUUCUUAUCAUCAAUCCUGAACUGAACCAGCUUGAAUUGACGUGCCCACCAGUGGAUUACUGUGACAUAGAAGCAUUUUUCCUGAAGAACAUCCAAACAGAGAAGUUAUCUCGUUUACCUAGCGUAUCUCAAAUCCCUUAUGAAAUGUUUGCUUAUAAGAUUGUUGAGAAAGAGAAGACUAAUGCAAGCAUGACUAGAGAUAAUAGCUCUGAGCCCUUGGGCAGCUCAAUCUCCUCGAGGGAUGACAAUGCCUCCACAUUGGAAGAUCCAGGCCCUCUUGCAACUGACAUGAAGUCAUCUUCUUCUGACUCACAAUCUAUUUGUUCAGAGGUGCAGGUCAAGAAAUCUGCAAGAAUAAAACACCAAACAGAAGAUGAAACCAAGAAAGAUCAAGUAACAUUUAGGUCACAGCCAUCAAGAUCCUUAGCAACAAAUCAACCCAACCACAAUUCACGGAUGAAGAGAGGGAGCCAAUUGCCAUCAAGCAUGGGAAGAAGGACUGCCCAGGUUCCAGACUUCAAGAACAACAAAGGGAGUAACUCAACACCAUUGACAAAAACCUCAAGUUCAGUUAGAAGAAUCAAACAUGGGCAAGUCGCUAGUCCGAAGAGCAUGUCAAAGACGAAAACUGGCAAUGAGUCACCAUUAACAAGACGUGGGCAUGUCUCCAAUUCCAAGAGCAGCCCACAUAUAAAGAAAGGGUAUGAGUCACCACUGAUAAGAAAUAGUCAUGCCUUGGUUUCUAAGACAGGUUUGAAGAUGAGAAAAGCGAAUGAAUCACCAUUAAUGGCGAACACAAGAACAUUAAGACAUUCCAAUUUGAAGACGACGAGUGGAAAUAUGUCACCUUAUGCGAUGAGUCCUUUCAGUUUCAACACAUGCUCGAGAAGACGUUGUCAAGUCUCGAAUCAUGAUCUUGCUUACGGGAUGGACAGAGCUGGAAGAAUAUCUCCAUUUGCGAUGAGCCCUUUAAGCUCAUAUGGAAGAGCCUAUGGUCACAUCUCUCAAUCUCAAAAAAAUUUAAGCAUGAAAAGAGCGAGCUUGUCUCCAUUGAAAUUAAGCCCUUUAAGUUCAUAUGCGCAAAGAAGUGGUCACAUCUCAGAUUAA